UUAUAUCUUGCAAAAGGUUUGGCACAACGGUUUGACAUAGAAGCCAUCGACGCAGCUGCACCAAUUUUCGCUGCAACGAUUCCCGUAGUCUAUGUGGCGGCAACGAACCCUACAGUCACUGCUACCGCUACAAGUGUGACUAUCGCUAUCUCUGCUGCACAAGUUUCGGUCUCCGCAGCCAUCAUCGCUGAUGAAAACGAGCAUACUAUGGAGAAGCGAGCUACAGUCUCAGUAUCUUGCCUACCGCAACCCUCUGGGAUUGACCACAAGAGCUCCGAGGACACUGCCCAAGCUUUUCUGCGCGAUCCAUACUACGCAAAUAUCGCAAAAUCAGCAUCUACGCCCCAAGGCUAUACGACCACUUUCAUGAAUCUCAAUGCCUCGAACAAUGCAUAUGGGUACCUAGGCUAUAGCCUUCUCCAACAAUACGACGUUGAGGCCUGCGCAGCCAAAUGUGACGAAAUAAGCGUCUGCCAGGCGGAGAACAUCUAUUUCGAACGUGACCCUGGUCUAGAACCUGACAGCCCGUCUUGCGCCAAUCCUGCUAGUACUACACAAAUAAAGUGCGUGCUUUGGAGUGGACCUGUGACUGUAGAAAAUGCUGUCAACACUGGUCAAUGGAGAAACAGCUUCCAGGUUGCAAUUACCGGCAGCAAUGGCUACGUGAACAAAUCUAUAGACACGCCACCAGGUUAUUCCGGCGCAAUUUACCUUGGCAGCUCAACCAUCAACUCAACCCAAGAUUGCAAUCAUGAUGAUUCCUAUCUCGGUAUGAGGAUCUUCACCAACGAACCCUUUGACGCCAGCCUAUGUGCUACUGCUUGCUCAGCAAUGAGCAUUGCCAACAAAGCUGCCGAUCCAAGUACUCCAACCUGCCAAUUUUUCACAACAUAUCUCUUGUACAAAAACGGCAAGAGUGUCGGACGGUAUUGCUCCAUGUACUCUAGAGCAUGGUCAUCCUCAUUCGCCACCAAUACUGGAUUCACCUCUGGUACAGAUCGAUACACCAUAGGUUUCAGCUAUGCGUUUGUCAAUACUUCGAGCAAUGGCAUUCCAACCUCAGCCUGU